AUGCCGCAGCUUCUCCCCGGCGCUCAGCGCGAGCACCUCACGUACGCCGUCACGGCGGACCUGCUCUCGACGACUUCAGUCCACGGCUUCCGCCUCCUCCUUGAGAACACGGUCCACCAGAGCUCCCACGGCUACGUCGGAGGCGACGGCUUCGACUUCUACAGCUCGCCCAACGACCUCGACCUCUACCUUCUGCACGCCCAAAUCGACCGCCUCUGGAUCAUCUGGGGGUGCAGUGGGGGCAAGCCCCCGAGGGCGAGGAUGCCAGAGGCAAGGCUGAUUAAUCAUCGGACGAAUGCCCAUCUGCUCAAAGGAUGA